AUGGAAUAUUUGAAACAGUCUCUUUUGCAUGACGGAAACUGCACAAGAACCAUUCCUCUCGAUCUCCUCGUCGAGAUAUUCCUUCUACAUCCUACCAAAUCACUUAUUCGAUUCCAAUCCGUGUCAAAGCUGUGGUUCUCUGCCAUCCGCAGCAAAAUUUUCGUAGACUUGAUCUUGACUAGGUCAAAGGCUCGUCCCCGUCUCCUUUUAUCCUUGGGAGGCCAUGGAUCCAAAGAGGGUUUCAUCUUCUCGGCUCCUGAACAUGACAACAACGACGAUGAAAAAUCCUCUACAGUCAUGGCCAGAUACCACAUGAACAACUUGGAACCUGGCUACUUCUUGGACUCUGGUUCUGUCAACGGUUUCUUCUUAGGUGUUGUUCCUGGGAUCUGCGUUUGUAAUCCGAUCAACGUUUAUAAUCCCACCACUGGACAAAUUGUGAAAUUGCCUGAAGUUAGAACCAACGGAAGAAAAAUGUACGCACGUCUUGGGUACGAUCCAGUGGACGAUCAAUACAAGGUGUUGUGUGUGGUGAUGGCCCGCUCUAAAGCGAAAUGUUGGCAACCGGAGCAUUUGGUUUGCACUGUGAGUUCAUCUCAGAAACAAGAGUGGAGAAAGAUCGAGAACACAACCGGAGGCAACUAUCACUCUGUAUACGGAGAGACAUGCAUUGAUGGUGCGCUAUACUACGGAGCUGGAAAGUCAAGAAUAGUCAAGUUCAACGUUAGAUCAGAGAUGAUUGAGUUGAUUAAAACACCCCAAGAGUCCCAGAUCUCGACAACAUACCACCAUUCCACUCUUAUAAAUUACAAGGGAAAAUUGGGCGGUGUAGAUUAUCAUUGCACAGAAAAUUCGAUGACAUUGUGGGUUCUUGAGGAUGCGGAGAAACAGGAAUGGUCGAGUAUGACGUGUGACUUACCUUCUACGUGGAAAGAUUUACUUGGGUUUUACGUAAGGUCCAAAGGAGUGAGUCAUACAGGCGAGCUUAUGGUGUUCUAUCCAGGGGUAAAGCCACCUAAACCAUUUUCUGUUUGCUAUUAUGAUUUUAACAAAAUGAGUAUAAGAAAAGUAGAGAUCCAAGGAAUGGUGGAUGGUGAUUUCAGACGUAUCCAUGGGAUCGGUGAGCAAACUGAUAUGAGUAUAUUAUAUUUUACAAGUCACAUUGAGAAUAUUAGGUUCUUGUAAUGUUUUUUUUUGUAAUAACUAGUCACGGUUUUAUUAGCUUCUUCCAUUCAAUUUGAUCAUGAGUUGAUUAUCAGCGUUUGUUAGAAACUAAUUAUUAUUAUUAUUGUUUUUGAAGAUUAUGUUGUUUUUUUGCCAUAGAGUGUUAAUAAACAGACAAACGACGAGUACGAGAAAGUAUCAUUAAGUUCAAGAGAAUUAAAUCGUUACCAACAAACUAACAAAAGGUCCAGAAUCAUUAGCAUUCAAGAACAGACAAACAAAGAACUGACACUUGAUGUUUACAGCUCAGAUCAAUAGGUGUGUCUACGUAUACAAGACGCUAAAGAUCAUCAGCACACCAUUCACAAUCAGCUGCAAUGGAAGAUUCCAAGGAAUGUCGAAGCUGUGGCUCUCUAUCAUCCGCAGCAAAGAUUACGUCGAUACGUUCCUAACUAGGUCAAAGACUUGUCAGUGGCUCUUUUUAACGUUCAAACACUUUGAUUUUCUUUAAGAGUUUCGUCUUCUCCGCUCCUGAACACCAAAACGUGGAAGAUGACAAACCCUCCACCACAGUCAUCGGCAGACACGACAUGACGAUCUCGGAUCUUGUUUAAUUACUACAUCAGUUCUCGUCCUGUAAACAGUCUAGUUUGCUUCAUACAUUGUUCAUCGAUCGCUGUUUGUAAUGCCACCACUAGACAUUUCGUAAUUACAAGAUCUUACACCUAACGGAAAAGACAUAUACGCAUGUUUAGGGUACGAUUUGGUCGAAGAUCAAUACAAAGUCUUGUGUGGUGAUGUUUGACGGGUUCCACAGCCUUACCACUGCAUGAAAGACGAAAUGGUUGGUGCUGUAUACUAUGGGACUUGGUCAUACAAGGAUAGCUAGAUUCGAUGUUAGGUACGAGAAUAUUAAGUUUAUUCAAGGAUCCGGAAACUAUAACGCACUCUCAUGUAUUAUACAUGAACUACAUAUGUAUGAUUAUUUCAAUUUUAUUUUUAUUACUAAAAAUCCUCAUAAAACUAUAUAUCGAAAACCUUUUUUGAUAUAAAUUAGGCUGGAUGAAUUAUCGUUGUAGUUAUUUAAUAUAAGAAAAUACAAGAAAAUUUCUAUUUCAAAAAUAAUUAUUUAAUAUUUACUUUUUUAUAUAGUUUGAUAUUAGCGUCUUUUCAAGUUAACAAUUUUUAUAGGAUUGAGGCCAAAACAUUUUAUCCUUGCAACUUGAUAAAUACUAGGACCAAAUCUGUAUCUCGAUACACCCAUUGUCGAAAGCAUGUGCCGGAGCUAGUGCUAGGAAGAUGGACACUGACGGGACCAUAUAGGACCAUGCAGAGCCGGGCUUGACCCCUAUGAGGCCCCCACUCUGUGGAGCCCC